ACUAGGUCCUGCCCCUUUCUUUCACUCGACUCUACUUCAUCCCCCUUCCUACCCAAGGCAUCAUCCUCUGCACUCCGCAAAGAUGGCCUUCUCGACAGGAAAGUCGGCCUUUGGCUUCCCGGCAGCGGGCUCCUCAUCCAACUCGUUGCCCUUCUCCUUCUCCAACCCCUCGGCUCCAAAGCACCCCACCCCGCUCGCCCACUCCAUCUCGGCCGGCGCCUUUGGGUCAACAACGACCGCCACCUCGGCGUCCUCGAUCGACAUGAUUGUUGAUGCCAACGGUGGCGAUGACGACGAUGCCGACGCCGACGUCGACGAGGUCUACCUCGAGCCCCACGCCUUCACGAGGAAGGACAAGGCCAAGUGGAAGGCCAGCGGGAGGACGCUCCUCGCCGCUGUCAGCCCUGUCAACGGCGAGAUUGCUGCUUGGGUCGCUAAGCGUCCGUCUGGCAACGACACACCGGCAGCGCUCACCGACCCCAAACUCUCGACGAGUGACCGCACAAUGUACAUUGCGUCGCUGAACAAGUUCUCUGGGGCGGUUCACGGCCUCUAUUCCGAGACGCACACGCUCUUCAUGUCGCUCCAGCACAUUGUGGCCUCCUCGAUCAGACUACCGAGGCCUGGUGAUGGCCUGGCUCAGGCUUGGGACAGCAAGGGCAACCUCGUGGCUCUGGAUGGCCUGCUGGGCCCACCAGCUGCCGAGACGGUGAUUCACAUGCGCCGCCUGGUGGACAUGUAUCUUGAGGAGGUCAACAAAGUGCGCAGCGCUGAUGAUCUUGAUGAGGAAGACAAGAUCAAAUACAACCACGUAUACAACAUCUUCAACCUUGCCGAGGUGUUGUACCUCCCCCAGGACGGACGAGGAGAGGGGCUGGUCGGAGAAGAGCUUCUGGACUGGGUCAACGCGGCUGAUCCCGUGAACAUCAACGACGAGGGUAACGAGAUUAUCCAGAGCGCGCAGCCCUGGGACGAGCCGCUCUUCUGGCCGUUUGUUAUUCGCUGUCUCCUGCGUGGACUGUUCGAGCCGGCUGCCACCUUCCUCCGCACCCUCUCGGGCCACCCACACCCACCAAUAGCCAAGCUAGGCACUCUGCUUGCGAACAACGUCCAGUCGCUCCCCCGAUCCACCAACACGGCGGCCUACCCUCUCGACAACCAGUUCACCACUGCACACAAGGCGUGGCUGGCUCGUUUCCGCGCCGAGUUUACUUCGUUCCUCGGCGGUCGCGGUCGCGGACAUUGGCUCGAUAGCUCUGCCACCGGGUACUCGAGCGAAUGGUCCUCAUGGGAGGACGACUUCCGGUCGGUCCAGGAGCUGCUGGAGGGGAAGCACGAGCGCGUCCUUGAGGAGAGCUCUGACUGGCGAGAGGCCCUCGGCGCUUGGGGCGUGCUUGUCGAUGUCAGUCUCCGAAGAGAUGACCUCCCUGGGCUUCUCAAGCGCAUUCUGAGGGAACUGCCAGUCGACUCGACUCUUCUCGAGGACUCCAUUCAGUCGGCUUUGACCCAGGGUGAUAUCGUCAAGGCCCUGAUGGGCUGCCACCAGCUCGACGUCUGGCUUGCAGCGCACCUUGGAGACGUCUUCGACAAGCUCGGCCUCGUUCCCGACGACGAGGAGCGCUUUGACACAUCACUCCGCGACUAUUUCCUCCUCGAGUACAGCGACAUGAUUAUGGAGAGCCCUAGCCAGUCAACGCUAUGGCGAGCCAUUGCCGACUAUCUCUCGGCCGCCGGUGACCAUGGUCGCAACCGCCUGAAGGAGUACAUUGUCCAUGUUAGCAUCAGCCUCGACAACGAGGCCGUUCUGCAUGCAAAUGGGAACGACAUGGACCUCGAGGAUGGCGACGCCAACCCAUUCGAGCACUUCACCGAGUUGCGCGACACUUGCCAGAGCCUCAAGCUGGACGAACAAUGGCGUGUCAUCAGUGCCAUCAUGGCCGACCGCCUGAUCCGCCGAGGCGAAUAUGGGCUCGCUGCGUCGAUGAGCCUGUCUGCUGAGGACGGCUACACGUUGUCAAGGAUAGCCGAAGCCAUCCUGGAUGCCUACGUCGAGCAUGGCAGUGCCGAGUUCCUGCGCCUUGUCGACUCUCUCCCCCCAACCAUGCUGCACGAUGCGCCGUUGACUCUCAACGAGCUGCAGCAGGGCGACUUGACCGACUAUGACGGCCUCCAAUCGAAGACGACCAUGGUCAUGUUCGCUUCUCGUCUUACUUUCCUCUCCGAGUUCCGCGACUACUUGUUGUACCUCGGCCAGGGUGCCAAAGACAAGGCUGCGGCCAAGCUCGUCAACCUCCUCACAUCGAGCAUUGCGCCCGUCGAGUUUUGGUCGGUUCUUCUCGCAGAGAGCGUCGACCUGCUGGAGGACCAGGAGAUUCUGUUCAGCUCAAACGACACGUUUGAGCUGAUGCGUGUCCUUGAUGACGUUGUUUCCAACUCGAAGUCUGCGCCAGUGGAAUACCUGCGCCAACUGUGGCGUCAUCUUGAGCGCCAGCCCGCGGAGAGUGGCAGCGCCAACGGGACCAAGGCCGCGAAUGGAGUGCCCGCAAAGGCCGGCGACGAAAUCUCUGCGGGGACCGUGAUUGCGAGGCGCAAGCUCGACGAAGUGCGGUUGGCGCUCGCUCGCAACCUUGCGCGUGCGCUGGUCGACGGCUUUGACAAUCCGUUUUAAUGUCUCUUUCUCCCCUCCCAUACACAUCCAUAGCACAUUGCAGUAGCAGCAUGUCAUUUAGCAUC